AACAAAAAAAAAAAAAAUCACAGAGACAGAGAGAGACAGAAGAAACAGAGACUCCUCGAAGCUUAAAAAAAUGAUGAUGGAGAGUAGAGAUCCAGCUAUUAAGCUCUUCGGUAUGAAAAUCCCUUUAACGGCGGUUUUUGAAUCGUCGGUUACUGUGGAGGAUGAGGAAGAAGAUGACUGGAGCGGCGGAGAUGGAGGAGAUGACAAAUCACCAGAUAAGGUAACUCUAGAGAUAUCAGAUAAGAACAACAAGAACUGUAACGACAACAGUUUUAACAAUUCGAAUGAUUCGAAACCCGAAACCGUGGACAAAGAGGAGGCGACAUCAACCGAUCAGAUAGAGAGUAGUGACGAGCCUGAGGAUAAUCAGCAGACGACAGCUGACGGUAAAACCCUGAAGAAACCGACUAAGAUUCUGCCGUGUCCGAGAUGUAAAAGUAUGGAUACUAAGUUCUGUUAUUACAAUAAUUACAACAUAAACCAGCCUCGUCAUUUCUGCAAAGCUUGUCAGAGAUAUUGGACUGCUGGAGGGACUAUGAGGAAUGUUCCCGUGGGGGCAGGACGUCGUAAGAACAAAAGCUCCUCUUCUCAUUACCGUCACAUCACUAUUUCCGAGGCUCUUGAGGCUGCGAGGCUUGAUCCGGGCUUGCAGGCAAACACUCGGGUUUUGAGUUUUGGUCUGGAAGCUCAUCAACAGCUCGCUGCUCCUAUGGCACCUGUGAUGAAGCUACAAGGAGACCAAAAGGUCUCAAACGGAGCUAGGAACGGGUUUCAUGGGUUAGCGGAUCAACGGCUUGUAGCUCGGGUAGAGAAUGGAGAUGAUUGCUCAAGCGGAUCCUCUGUGACCACCUCUAACAAUCACUCGGUUGAUGAAUCAAGAGCACAAAGCGGCAGAGUUGUUGACACACAAAUGAACAACAACAACAACAUGAAUGGUUAUGCUUGCAUCCCUGGUGUUCCAUGGCCAUACACGUGGAAUCCAGCGAUGCCCCCACCGGGUUUUUACCCGCCUCCAGGGUAUCCAAUGCCGUUUUACCCUUACUGGACCAUCCCGAUGUUAUCACCGCAUCAAUCCUCAUCACCUAUCAGCCAAAAGGUUUCAAAUCCAAACUCUCCUACUCUCGGAAAGCAUUCGAGAGAUGAAGAAUCCGCGAAAAAGGACAACGACACAGAGCGGAAACAGAGGAACGGGUGCGUUCUGGUCCCAAAAACGUUGAGAAUAGACGAUCCAAACGAAGCAGCAAAGAGCUCGAUAUGGACAACAUUGGGAAUCAAGAACGAAGCGAUGUGCAAAGCCGGUGGUAUGUUCAAAGGUUUUGAUCAGAAAACGAAGAUGAAUAACAACGACAAAACCGAAAAUUCCCCUGCUCUUUCUGCUAACCCUGCUGCUCUAUCAAGAUCACACAAUUUCCAUGAACAAAUUUAGAGUUAUAUAUGUAUAUGUAUAUAUGUAUGAUUGUAUGUAUAGAAUUGGAGAAUGAUGAGUUUUUGAGAAUCAAACUCUUUUCUUCUU